CUCUCUCUCUCUCUCUCUCUCUCUCUCUCUUUUAUUCUUACCUCUGUUCUAAUUUCAGCGAGCGGACACACAUCACUUGCUCUCUCUCUUUCUUUUAGUCUUUACUUUUUUCUCACAUAACCACUCUCUUUUCUUUCCAUUAAAUUCUCUUCAGAAUCUUGAAUAAAACUUUUAAGCUUCUUCAACUGGUACCAAGUUAUGCUCUGCGUUUCUUCUAUACAUCACUCUCCACAACGUUUAUCUGUCCCGAAGAAUUCUGAUAAUGCUCCAACCAGUCAGUCUCUCUCUCUUCUCUGAGAGAAUUCUCCCUUUCCCGUGAAAAGUUUACUCUUUUCCCACAGAAAACUUCAAACUCUGUAAUUGGUUGGUCUUAUUCUGUUUCCCUCCAAGAAUCUUCGGAUCCUCUGAAUCUUUAUCUCUGUUUCUUCAAACUCUCAAGUCUCCACAUGUCGUUUAUCUUUCGCUACAAGCCACGCCCAUAGAAUCUUCUUUUGUCUGAGAAAAUACAAAAAAAAAAACAAAAGGAUUACAAUUUACGUUUCUCUUAAGAAACAGACGGACUUUCCUAAGAAAAAAUAAAUAAAUAAAAAAAGAGUAAAAGAAGCAAGUUUUUAAACAUUUUGGAGUUUUGUGGGGUCAUAAUAAAAUGGAGAUGAUGGAGGUGGCUAAUCACGGAGAAAGAAGCACCUCUGACAACAUGAACAGACAUUUAGACAGUAACGGUAAGUACGUUAGGUACACGUCUGAGCAAGUAGAGGCCCUGGAGCGUGUCUACUCCGAGUGUCCUAAGCCAAGCUCGCUCCGGCGUCAGCAGCUGAUCCGUGAAUGUUCCAUCUUGGCCAACAUCGAGCCUAAGCAGAUCAAGGUCUGGUUUCAAAACCGGAGGUGUAGAGAUAAGCAGAGGAAAGAGGCGUCGAGGCUACAGAGCGUGAACAGGAAGCUUUCGGCUAUGAAUAAACUGUUGAUGGAGGAGAAUGAUAGACUCCAGAAGCAAGUUUCUCAGCUUGUUUGUGAGAAUGGAUAUAUGAAACAGCAGCUAACUACUGUUGUGAACGAUGUAAGCUGUGACUCUGUGGUCACAACUCCUCAGCAUUCUCUUAGAGACGCUAAUAGUCAUGCUGGAUUGAUCUCGAUAGCAGAGGAGACAUUGGCAGAGUUCCUAUCCAAGGCUACAGGAACUGCUGUUGAUUGGGUUCAGAUGCCCGGGAUGAAGCCUGGUCCGGAUUCGGUUGGAAUCUUUGCUAUUUCGCAAAGAUGCAGUGGAGUGGCAGCUCGAGCCUGUGGUCUUGUCAGUUUAGAACCAUUGAAGAUUGCAGAGAUCCUCAAAGACCGGCCAUCAUGGUACCGUGAAUGUAGGAGCCUUGAAGUAUACACUAUGUUCCCAGCAGGUAAUGGCGGCACCAUUGAGCUUGUGUAUAUGCAGACUUAUGCACCAACGACUCUGGCUCCUGCCCGCGAUUUCUGGACCCUGAGAUACACAACUAGCCUCGACAAUGGCAGUUAUGUGGUAUGUGAGAGGUCACUUUCUGGUUCUGGAGCUGGUCCUAGCCCUGCUUCAGCUUCUCAGUUCGUGAGAGCAGAAAUGCUUUCUAGUGGGUAUUUAAUAAGACCUUGUGAUGGUGGAGGUUCUAUUAUUCACAUUGUUGAUCACCUUAAUCUUGAGGCUUGGAGUGUUCCUGAUGUGCUUAGACCCCUUUAUGAGUCAUCCAAAGUCGUUGCACAAAAGAUGACCAUCUCCGCAUUGAGGUAUAUUAGACAAUUAGCGCAGGAGUCUAAUGGUGAACUAGUGUAUGGAUUAGGAAAGCAGCCUGCUGUUCUUAGAACCUUUAGCCAAAGAUUAAGCAGGGGUUUUAAUGAUGCGGUUAAUGGGUUUGGUGAUGACGGGUGGUCUACAAUGCAUUGUGAUGGAGCCGAAGACAUCAUCCUUGCUAUUAACUCUACUAAGCAUUUGAGUAAUAUUUCUAGCUCUCUUUCGUUUCUUGGAGGUGUGCUUUGUGCCAAGGCUACAAUGCUUCUCCAAAAUGUUCCUCCUGCGGUUUUGAUCCAGUUUCUAAGAGAGCAUCGGUCCGAGUGGGCUGAUUUUCAUGUUGAUGCAUAUUCUGCUGCGACGCUUAAAGCAGGUUCCUUUGCUUAUCCGGGAGUGAGGCCUACAAGGUUCACAGGGAGCCAAAUCAUUAUGCCUCUAGGGCAUACGAUCGAACAUGAAGAAAUGCUUGAAGUUGUUAGAUUAGAAGGUCAUUCUCUUGCACAAGAAGAUGCGUUUAUGUCCCGGGAUGUUCAUCUUCUUCAGAUAUGUACUGGGAUUGAUGAGAAUGCUGUUGGAGCUUGUUCAGAACUAAUCUUUGCUCCUAUUAAUGAGAUGUUCCCGGAUGAUGCUCCACUUGUUCCUUCUGGCUUCCGAGUCAUACCAAUUGAUGCCAAAACCGGAGAUGCGCAGGACCUAAUAACGUCUAACCACCGGACAUUAGACUUAACUUCUAGCCUUGAAGUUGGUCCAUCACCAGAGACUGCUUCUGGAAACUCUUCAACUAGCUGCUCAAGCUCGAGAUGUAUCCUCACUAUCGCGUUUCAGUUCCCUUUUGAACCCAACUUGCAAGAAAAUGUGGCUGGUAUGGCUUGUCAGUAUGUGAGGAGCGUGAUCUCAUCGGUUCAACGUGUUGCAAUGGCCAUCUCACCGUCUGGGAUAAGCCCGAGUGUUGGCUCCAAGUUGUCACCGGGGUGUCCUGAAGCUGUUACUCUUGCCCAGUGGAUCUCCCAAAGCUACACUCAUCACUUAGGCUCGGAGUUAGUAACGAUUGACUCGCUUGGAAGCAAUGACUCGGUGUUGAAACUUAUAUGGGAUCACCAAGAUGCUAUCUUGUGUUGCACGUUAAAGCCUCAACCAGUGUUUAUGUUCGCAAACCAAGCUGGUUUAGACAUGCUAGAGACAACGCUUGUAGCCUUACAAGACAUUACACUCGAGAAGAUCUUCGAUGAAUCUGGUCGAAAGGCUCUCUGCUCCGACUUCGCCAAGCUCAUGCAACAGGGAUUUGCGUGCUUGCCUUCAGGAAUCUGUUUGUCUACAAUGGGGAGACAUGUCACUUAUGAACAAGCUGUUGCUUGGAAAGUGUUUGCAUUUGAAAACGACAACAACAAUAAUAAUCUACACUGUCUUGCUUUCUCUUUUGUAAACUGGUCGUUUGUGUAGUAAUCACUUCUCUUGUGAGUGUAUUAGAAAAGGCUAAUCAAAUUUACAUUUAGACAACUCUUUUUUUUUGGUUGUUUGUGUGUAUGUUUUGAUCGAAUUUUCAUUGUGUUAUACAUAUUUUUAAACCUUAAA